GAAGGAGCGCUCAGCCGGAAGCGGAAGCUCGGCGGGAAAGGAGGCGCGGAGCCAUGAGGACCCGGCGCGGCACAGUCCUGCGGCCGCCGCCCCAGCCCGCCGCCGAGGAGGAGGAGGAGGAGGAUGGCGGGGACAAGGUACCCGGUGGCCGGGCGGGCCCGGAGGAUCUGCUGGAUGAGGUGGAGGAGUUCCAUGAGGCGCAGUUCCAGGCGGUGAUGGCGGCCCUGGAGAGCGGGGAGGAGGCUGGGCAGAGCGAGGAGGAGGAGGAAGAGGAGGAAGUGCUGGGGCUGCACCUGCCCGAGGAUGAUAGCGAGGAGGAUGGACACGGUGAGGAAGAGGAGGAGGAGGAGGAGGAGGUACGGGAGCUGGAUACUUAUCUGGAGCACAGUGCAGAAGAGGAUGGAGGUGAAGAGGGGGAUGGAGAAGGUGAGGGGAAUGGAGAAGGUGAGGAGGAUGGAGGAGAGGAAGAGGAGGAGGAAAAUGAGGUUGAAGAUGAGGAUGGGGACCUGUCCAUGGAAAGCGACCUGGAGGAGCGCCGUCAGGACACCAAGCUCCCCCACGAGCUCUCCUGGGGCCAACGCAAGCAGCUCUACUAUGACACAGACUAUGGGAGCGAUGCCCCGGCCAAGGGCAAGCGUAGCCAGCAAGAAGCUGAUGCUGAGGAGGAGGAAGAGGAGCAGGAGGCUCAAGUCAUCCAGAGGCGGUUGGUGCAGGACUUAGGGGAAGGUGAUUACGGGCUGGAUAUGAUCCAGGACUAUCUGGCUGAGCAGCACAAAACCCUCGCUAGCAAUCAGCAGAAGAUCGACAAGGAUUUGCAGGCCCUCUCCAAGAAGGAGCAGCUGAAGCUACUGAGGCAGGAGUCCCCUGAGCUCUUGCAGCUGAUGGAGGACUUUGAAGUCAAGCUCAUGGAGCUCAAGGAUGAGCUGCAACCACUGCUGCAAAUGGUCAGAAACGGCACUAUCCCGCAAGGGAAGGGCAGUCGCUACUUGCAGACCAAGUAUCAUCUCUACUUGAGUUACUGUGCCAAUAUCAGUUUCUAUUUGGUUUUGAAGUCAAAGAGGAUGCCGGUUCAUAAUCACCCCAUUAUCGAACGGCUGGUUGCUUACAGAAAUAUAAUCAAUGACCUAGCUGUUAUAGAUCAAAAGCUAUCCUCGCAAGUUCGUGUGCUGUUGAAAAACUACUAUGAUAAGAAGGAAGAUAAUUUACGGAAGGAGAAGAAGUUUGCGGCGUUUCUCCCACCGGAUGUUAAGAAAAACAAAUCAAAAUGUGCUCCUGUGCUCGCUAAUAUCCAGGCUACUGCUGGUGAACCAUCAGAUGAGUCAGACCUGGAUGAAGAGGCUGCCCUAAAAUACUACAAGAUGAUGGAGGAGAAGCUGAAACUCAAGAGGAAGAGAACUGAAGAUGAGGAUGCACUUGGGGAGGAAGCCUUGGUGGAAGGAGAGGAUCCAAAUAAAAAGAGAGGUGUGACCUAUCAGAUGAUCAAGAAUAAAGGCCUCACGCCCAGAAGGAAGAAGAUCUAUCGCAACCCCAGGGUCAAGCAUCGGGAGAAGUUUCGGCGAGCCAAGAUUCGCCGCAAGGGCCAGGUCCGGGAAGUCCGGAGAGAAUUGCACAGAUACGCCGGGGAACUGUCCGGCAUUCGUGCGGGAGUUAAGAAAAGCAGAAAGCUUCAAUGAUAAUUAUUUUUCUCUAUUUCUGAGAGCUGCAAGUAGCACCAGAGAAUCCAAUAAAAAUUUUAUAAAGGUUA